CGUAGGAAAAUAGAAGGAGCGAAUAAGUCGGAGUACGAAACGGAAGAAAAUCUGUCAAACGUCACGCUAAAAAUAGAUACACAAUGAACUUUUUUGUUUUAUUAGUGGAACCACUGGUGUAAAUGAUACGUUAAAUAAUGGAUUAAGUAUAUAUUUGAAGGAAUUCAAAUUCACAAGAAAGAUGACGAAACACUACAACUGUGUUGUGUGUAACAAACGAACCAAACCAAAGGAAAGACGCAUUAUAAACAAAGAUGUGAAGAAAUACCUCAGAAAGGCAUUAUUUAUCGAGCUCAGUUCAGAAAAAGAUAUCAUAUGCAACAAAUGUAAACACAAGUAUUACACGUAUGAUAUAUGUACAAAGUCUAAGCAGAACAAUAGCAAGAGAGAUUCUCAAUCUACCAGGGAUGCAGAUUUUCACCCAACCGCUUCAAAUUCAUCUGUUCCUGCAGCCAGUCCACCUUCGGUAAAGUUAAAUAUACCAUCUACACCAAAAACACAUGCACGGUGUUUGGCAUGCAAGAAACCAGGACCUAAACUUAUAGUUAUUUCGGCACCUGCCCGAUUUGCUGCAUUUCUUCAUCAUAAUGUUAUAAUUCCUGCUGGAGCAAGAUGCUGCCCAAGUCACAUUGAAGAAAAAACAUGUAUGCUUAGACCAGAGUGUUUACGAAAUAUACCAGUUACAGAGCAAUCGUUUAUUAAUAGAACAACUAUUCUGAAUUUACUGAAGCAAAUGAGAGAAAUGUGCUGUAAGAAACAAAACAUAUUGGACUUUGACAAUAUAAAGGAUGAAGAAAUGAGAAAUCUAACUGGACUUAGUCUCGAAAAGUUCAAUGAUUUAUUCUCACAUAUAAAGGACAAAGUAAAAGCUACACCGGCACGGACAAGUCGGACAUCGGUAGGGCUGCUUUUAUUAAAACUACGGUCCGGAAUGUCUAAUAAAUUGUUAGCAACACUUUUCAGGGUAAGUAAAUCAAGUGUGCGACGGGCUAUUAGGACUGUAAGGCAAGCACUGAUGAGGAGUUUUGUCCCUUUGUAUCUUGGACUUGAAAGUAUCACUAGAAAUACUAUUAUUUCACAACAUACAAGACCUCUUGCAAAACACUUAUUUGGUGCUGAAGAAGAUGAGAUGAUUCUGGUUUUAGACGGUACGUACAUUUAUAUUCAGUAAAGUGGCAAUUUUAAGUUUCAGAGAAGAUCAUACAGCAUACACAAAGGUCGACCGUUAGUAAAACCUAUGGUUGUAGUGACAACAACUUGGUAUUUCAUAACCAUAGUAGGACCGUUCUUUGCUGACAGUAAACAUAAUGAUGCAGCAAUCUUAAAUCACAUGCUUCGUUCAAAUACGGAGUACAUAAGAAACUUUGUGAAAGAGAAAGAUAUAUUUGUUGUAGACCGAGGAUUUAGAGAUUCUGUUUCUUUGUUAGAAGAUCUCGGUUUACGAGCAGAGAUGCCAGCAUUCAUGACUAAAGGUGCAAAACAGAUGCCAACAGAUGAUGCUAAUUCAAGUCGU